AAGAUCGGCAAAGUUAGUUAGUCUGCAAUCGCCGGGACUCGCAGUCGCAGUGGCAGUCGAGUCGUCGGAUCGCGUUUUCAAACAACAAACUUAGAAGAGCUGAAAUUGUAGCGAUCCGAAAAUCCGAACGAUUAAAAUCGAAUAAUAAAGCGGAACAACACGUUCGCUGUUUUUUUUGUGUCCCAUUAUUUGUAUUUCUAUUUGUACGCUAUCAGUUUGCUUUUUCGGCUGAUAAUCGCGAGGUGCGUGUGUGAAAUUUUUGUACAAACAGGGAAAAAAAUAAAGCUCCAGUUUUCGAUCGCUAUUUGGUGGCGAUAAGGUGAUGGCCGAAAAGCAUGAGUACAUAGAAUUACCUUGGACCAUGAACUCCUCCAGCGGCGAUGACGAGGCGCCAAAGGAUCCGCGCACUGGCGGCGAGGAUUUUACGCAACAAUUUACAGAAAACGAUUUCGAGGGACAUCGGGCCCACACCGUUUAUGUGGGCGUCCAUGUGCCCGGAGGACGACGCCACUCGCAGCGCCGGCGCAAGCACCACCACAGUGGCCCAGGAGGGGGCGGCGGUGGCGUAGGUGGAGGUGGAGGUGGUGGUGGAGGCGGCUCCAUCGGCGGAUCCGGAAGUGUGGGCGGUGGUGCGGGCAAGGACAACGUCAGCGAGAAGCAACAGGAAGUGGAGCGACCAGUAACUCCGCCGGCGCAGCGAGUUCAGUUCAUACUCGGCGAGGAUGUGGACGACGGCACACAUGUAUCGCAUCCGCUGUUCUCGGAAAUGGGGAUGCUGGUGAAGGAGGGCGACGAGAUCGAGUGGAAGGAGACAGCGCGCUGGAUCAAAUUUGAGGAGGAUGUGGAGGAGGGUGGCAAUCGAUGGUCGAAGCCCCACGUGGCCACCCUCUCCCUGCACUCGCUGUUCGAGCUGCGUCGCCUGCUGGUCAAUGGCAGCGUGAUGCUGGACAUGGAGGCCCAGAAUCUGGAGGUGAUGGCCGAUCUGGUCUGCGAUCACAUGGUCAGUGCGGGCACCCUGCCGUCCGGGGUCAAGGACAAGGUCAAGGACGCGCUCCUGCGACGCCAUCGGCAUCAGCACGAGUAUGCCAAGAAGACGCGACUGCCCAUUAUUCGAUCCCUGGCCGAUAUGCGCAAUCACUCGUCGUCAAAAAACCUGGGCAAGAGCACUCCACUGCACUCACUGCAUGGCUCGGCAGCUGGCCUGGAUCUGACCGGAACCAGACCGGACACCCAGACACCCCUCUAUGUGUCGAGUAAGGACCAGCGUGGUUGCUAUCUCGCUGUUCCCACAGAGGACAUGGUCAAGAGUCCCAGCAACCAGUCGAUGGCCAGGCCGGGAAGCGGCACGGAGCUCAGCGAGCAGCAGCACAAGGGCAACACCCACUUCAUGAGGAAGAUCCCGCCGGGCGCGGAGGCCAGCAACAUCCUCGUGGGCGAGGUGGACUUCCUGGAGCGCACCCUCUCCUGCUUCAUCCGCCUGAGCCAGGCGGUGGUCCUGGGCGAUCUCACCGAGGUGCCAGUGCCCACAAGAUUCGUCUUCAUCCUGCUCGGCCCGCCUGGCAGUCAGAGCAACUUCCACGAGAUCGGCCGGGCAAUGGCCACCCUGAUGUCCGACGAGAUCUUCCACGAGGUGGCCUACCGAGCCCGCAAGCGGGACCAUCUGCUGUCGGGAGUGGAUGAGUUCCUCGAUGCGGUGACCGUACUGCCGCCAGGAGAAUGGGAUCCCACCAUACGAAUUGAGCCACCAGCGGCGAUUCCCUCGCAGGAAGUGCGAAAGCGUCCACCAGAGUUGCCCAAGGAGGAGGUGGACGAGGAGGAGGAGGAGGCGCGUCUACGCGAGGAGAACGGACUAUCUAGGACGGGUAGGCUCUUCGGAGGAUUGAUCAACGACAUCAAGAGGAAGGCGCCGUGGUACAUUAGCGAUUACAAGGACGCCCUGUCCAUGCAGUGCGUGGCAUCGUGGAUCUUCCUGUACUUCGCCUGCCUGUCGCCGAUCAUCACCUUCGGCGGUCUCCUGGCGGAGGCCACUGGCAAGCACAUGGCUGCGAUGGAGUCCCUGGUCUCUGGGUUCGUUUGUGGCAUGGGCUAUGGCUUCUUUUCGGGUCAGCCGCUGACAAUUCUCGGGUCCACCGGUCCAGUCCUGGUCUUUGAGUCAAUUAUCUACGAGUUCUGUCUGAGUAUGGGCUGGGAAUAUAUGACUUUCCGGUUCUGGAUCGGCAUGUGGGUCGCCGGCAUUUGCAUCGUCCUGACCGCGAUUGAUGCCAGUGCCCUCGUCUGCUACAUCACCCGCUUCACCGAGGAGAACUUCGCCACCCUGAUCGCGUUCAUCUUCAUCUACAAGGCCAUCGAGAACGUGGCUAUCAUCGGCAAGAACUUCCCGGUCAAUCAGGGUGUAUACAACUGCGUCUGUACACCGCCAAUCGGGAGCAAUGCCAGUGCGAUCGAUUACGCCAUGUACAAUUGGGAUUCUUGUGAGUCGUACAAUGGCACCUUGGUUGGUGGAGGCUGCGGAUCCCCGCCCACCGAAAACGUUUUCCUCAUGUCGGUGGUCCUCUGCGCCGGCACCUUCCUCAUCUCCACCGUGCUGAAGGAGUUCAAGAACGCCCUAUUCUUCCCCUCGAUCGUCCGUCAGUACAUCAGCGAUUUCUCCGUGCUUAUCGCCAUCUUCGCCAUGACCUUCUUCGACUAUUCGCUGGGUGUGCCCACCCAGAAACUGGAGGUGCCCAACGAGCUGAAGCCCACGCUGAGCACCAGGGGCUGGCUUAUCCCGCCGUUCUCCGAGAAGAACCCCUGGUGGUCGCCGAUCAUUGCCGUAUUCCCCGCCCUGCUCGGAACGAUUCUGAUCUUCAUGGACCAACAGAUCACGGCCGUCAUCGUGAACCGCAAGGAGAACAAACUGAAGAAGGGCUGUGGCUACCAUCUGGAUCUGUUCAUCCUCUCCGUUCUGAUUGCCAUUUGCAGCAUGAUGGGUCUGCCCUGGUUCGUCGCCGCCACCGUGCUGAGCAUCAACCACGUGAACUCGCUGAAACUGGAGUCGGAGUGCUCGGCCCCUGGUGAGAAGCCACAGUUCCUGGGAGUGCGCGAGCAGCGGGUGACCCACAUCCUGAUCUUCCUGACCAUCGGUGUCUCCGUGCUGCUGACCCCGCUGCUCGGCAACAUUCCCAUGCCGGUCCUGUUCGGCGUCUUUCUGUAUAUGGGCGUGGCCUCACUCAAGGGCUUACAGUUCUUCGAUCGCAUCCUGAUCAUGUUUAUGCCGGCCAAGUACCAGCCAGACUACAUGUUCCUGCGCCAGGUGCCCAUUAAACGCGUCCACCUGUUCACCAUGAUUCAGCUGGCCUGCCUCAUAAUUCUCUGGCUGAUCAAGUCCUUCUCGCAGACCUCCAUUCUGUUUCCCCUGAUGCUGGUGGUGAUGAUAGGCAUACGAAAGGCACUGGACCUGGUGUUCACCCGGCGCGAGCUGAAGAUCCUGGACGACAUAAUGCCGGAGAUGACGAAGCGGGCGGCGGCAGAUGAUCUGCAUAAACUGGACGCUGAGGUGGGCUUAUUGGCGCGCAUUUUCCCGUGGGGAAAAGGCAGCCGGGGCAGGGUGGUGACCAAGCCGCCGGGCCUCGAUGAUGGAAUCGUUGGGUCUGGUGGUGCCGUUGGCACUGGACUCAUCAGUUGCACCACCUCAAAUGCAAAUGAGAAGGAGUUCGAGGCACAGAGCAGUCUGCUCAAGAAGUAGAUGGCACUGAACACCUUCCAAGCACACACCUAGCCACGCCCACCAACCAUAACCACAACCACACACACCAACACCAACACAACACACCCACACCAGCCCCACAGUGAAAGCAAAAAAGAAAAGAAAGCGAGAAAAUCCCACGGACCAGUGCUGCCAUUUCAUUUGCGUUUGCAGUGCUGCCCAGUCCAUGGCCGAAAUCCAACGAUAAACUGAAUUAUUUAUAUUUAUAGAUUUUUGGAUUAAUUUGCAUUUUGUCGGCCUUGAUACAUUUUAUUGAACUAGUUAUCUAUCCAUACGUAUGCAUUAUUCCCUGUUAUAUACGUUUUUAUCAUGUCUUUAACAGUAUUUUGUAAAUGUUUUUCCCCCUUACCCAUUUUAAGUUAAUAAUAUAGCAUGCAGCUACUUUGCAUUUUGUUUUUAUAUGUACGAUAUUUUUUGAUAAACAUGAUUUAACCUCUUUUUGAUUCAAUGCUACAAAAAAUAGUCGCUUUUAAACCACCUGUAAAUGCCAAAACUACAAAAACAAAAAAAAAACAAAAAAAUUAUGUGGUUACUCGUAGUGCAAAAUGUGUUAUCUAUCCGAACCUACUCUAAAAAGUACUCUUAUACUAUAUAUACACAAAUAUGAUAUUUAUAAAUGUAAAUGAAACUCUAGCCUAAGUCAUAAUUAGUCAAUCGUUUACACCGUACAACAAGUACCUAAAUGUAUUAAAUGGAACCUGUUAUGUUAUUUUAUAGUCAUCGGGUCGAGAGUUCCAGUAACUAACCUUGGGAACAUGAGUCCACGCGUAAUUGUAGCGAAAAUUGAUGUUAAAAUCCAAAAUCCAAAAUCAACACACAAAAACACUAAACCUAUGAAAAUAAAACAAAAAUUUGGCAUAAA